AUGACCUUACUGAAUAAUAAUACGUUGGAGAUUAAGAAAGCUGAGCCGCGGGACGGCAGUGGCGGAAACAAGAUGGGCGGGUCUGAUCCGUCUUCGACGCGAAAAAACGGUAAGCCUAAAAAAAGAAGAAAAUCUAAGGCAACUGAGGAUUCCAAAUACUCGUACGCUAGGAAAGCUUCAAGAGCUAUCACCGGGGGUGACUUAGAAAACUUUGUCAACUUAAAUGCCGUUUCAAACGCUCUAUCAUGUCACUUCUGUCCAGAAACAUUCACUUCUCAUGCCGCGCUUGCUUUACAUUCAGUGGAUCACCGGGAAGAUGGAAGAUACUCCUGUCACCUCUGUGAUCACCACGAAACAUUCCCAAAUAACAUCGAGAGACACCUCAAGAGGCAUGAUUCGUUUGGCUGUCUGAAAUGCAAGCGCGUUUUUAAAAAUAAGCUUUCUGCUUACAAACAUUCCAAGCAUCAUCCGGAAGAAUUUGUGCGAGAUAUGCGGAUUCAAACUCAAACCGAUGUAUAUGAAAAAACAUCACGAAAGGAGGCAUACGAGUAACCCCAAGAAAAAGAUAUAUACGUGCGAGGUUUGUAAAAAAGAAUUCCUGCAACACGGGAACCUCAGAAGACACUACUCUCAAAA